UUUUUGCGCAAUUCAAGGUGCCCAAAGAAAAAGACGAGAUGGUGGAGCAGGAGUUCAACAGACUGCUGGAGGCCACCUCCUUCCUCAGUCACCAGCUAGACUUUAACUUCCUCAACAACAAGCCCGUCUCGCUGGGACAGGCCCUGGAGGUGGUCAUACAGCUGCAGGAGAAGCAUGUCAAAGAUGAGCAGAUAGAACACUGGAACAAGAUUGUGAAGACGCAAGAAGAGCUCAGAGAUCUGCUCAACAAGAUGGUGUCCACCAAGGAGCGGGUGAAGGAGCUCCAUCAGCAGUUCAAAGAGGCCAGUGACGUCAAACCGCCGAGGGACAUCACCGCGGAGUUCCUGGUGAAGAGCAAGCACAGAGACCUGACAUCGCUCUGCAAA